AUGCACAAGUUAUCCACUGCCAAUAUAGAGGGGACGGGAACGUCUGGUGCAUUUAAUGAAAAUGGUUCAAAGAAAAUCAAUCAAGGAAUGACAAUGAGUGCUUCAAACAGGAUUCCUGGUAGUCCUGGAAGAGACCCUCCUGAAACCCUACCCCCUCCCCCAAGAGUCAUGUUACGUCCUAGGGUCCCAUUCACAUGCACGUUAUUUGUGGACUCGGGAUACUUUUGUCCCUUUGGGUCUCUUCCCUCCACCCAGUACUACUACGAUCCAUUUACUCAAAGAUGCCAGUCUUUUUACUACCGGGGAUGUGGCGGAACUCCAAAUAGAUUCUCCUCAAGAACCGAAUGUCUCAGGAGUUGCGGUUGCUUCAGCGACAUUGACUUUGGCAACAUCUGUCCCAUCAGUCCAUUCGAACCACCUGUCUACAGAUACACGAUAAGAUAUGCCUUUGAUCAGUUCUCUGGUACCUGUCAACCUUUCCGGUUCAGCUCAUGCAACGGUAGAAGCAACGGUGGAAAUAACAACUUCCGCUCACAACUUGAUUGUCAGACCACUUGUGGCCCAAAUUUUAAUUCCGAUUUAGGACCAUUCCCAAUCAAUAGGGCACCAAUAGGUGCAUCGAAUGGAGGAGUUGCUGUUAUGCCCAAUAGAGAUAUGUCACCCAUCCCUUCUAACAAUGCCCAGCAAGCCAGUAAUGCAGCGUCAGUGAACACAAUUCCUUCUGAAUCUCCCUUUGAAUCUCAAAUUAACUUCGGCUCCUCUUCCAUCAUGGCAGAAAAAGGAUCCUCGAAUGGAAACAUGGGAAUUUCCGCAUCUGAAUUUAACUUUGGAUCCUCUUCACUUUCAGCUGGGAACAUGCCAUUUACUGAAAGGAAUAGCAUGAUGCCCUCAUUCACUAACAGUGGAAACGUUGGGAUUCCUUCAUCUAUGUUCAUUUCCCAGCCUGGAUCUUCUUCAUUUUCUGGAAACUCAGCAUUUAACGGGGGACUUGGAAUACCCUCACCAAUCAAUAUGAUAUAUUCAGUCUUGGGCACUCGUGGACCUGCAACCUUUCAAUCCGGAAAUGGAUUGUUAAAUGGAAUGACAACAGGAUCGAAAAAUAAUGCAUACUAA